CACCACCCUCCAUGGAAAACCGCAACAAAAAUCUUCAAGAAACCCAAAACCCAUCAUCCUCCAUGGACUUUCCUUUGCAUUUCCGGUGCCCCAUUUCCAUGGAGGUGAUGAAAGAUCCGGUCACCAUCUCCACCGGCGUCACCUACGAGCGGAAAAACAUCGAGACUUGGUUUCACACUUACAACAAGAAGACGUGUCCGGCCACCAUGCAAAGCAUUGAGAGGUUGGAGAUGACCCCCAAUCACACGCUCAAGAGGCUUAUCCAUGCGUGGCGACAAUCCAGUCCUUCCUCGUCCUCGUCGUCCAAGCGUGAUGAGUUGGUGUCUUUGCUUAGCGCCGUGGAGACUACCCCGUUUAAGGUUAGCUGCUUGAAGAAGCUUAGGACGGUUCUUGAGGUCGGAGAUGACGAUGUUAAGGAUGAUUUUAAACGCCUCGGAGGCGUUGAGGUUGUCGUGACUAUAAUGCAACAGAUUUUGGUAGAGAGUUCGGAUUUUGUGGCGUUCAGAGCGUGCGAGGAGGCGGUGGGGGUUCUACACAAGCUGCCAUUAAUGGAGGAAUCCGACUCGGCGAUGACGAAGCGCGUGUUAUUCACGCCGGAGCUGAUAAAAUCCAUGGCGGUGAUGCUCCAGCGCGGCAGCGCGGAGGCUCGAUACAGCGCCAUAGCCACGUUCCAGAAGCUUUCCCGAGCGGAUUCCGAUGAAUGGAACGCGAUGGUGCAGGAACAAGGCAUAGAGUUCUUCAAAUCCCUCCUGGAAAUAAUCUCCGACGAUUACGCCUCGGCUAAAGCCAGCUCAUCGGCGCUGCAGCUCCUGAUCGACAUCCUGGACGGCUCGAAGCGGGCGCGGCUGAAAGCAACUGAAGCCGGCGGCGUCUGCACGCUCAUUGACCUCCUCCCCGACGCCGCCGGCUCCAAAUGCGAGAAAAUCAUGUACCUCCUCAAGCUCCUGUGCGAGAGCGCCGACGGGCGGCUCGCGUUAGCCGAGCACGGGCUGGGGAUAGCCGCCGUGUCGAAGAAGAUGUUGAAUGUGUCCACGGCGGCUACCAAGAUCGGCGUGAAAAUACUCGCGCUGAUCUGCGGGUCCCACCCCGCCGAGAGGGUGCUGGAGGAGAUGCUCAUGUACGGCGCCGUGAAAAAACUGGUGGCGCUGCUGCACAUCGGCGGCGCUUCCUCCACCAAGGAUAGGGCGGUCAAGAUUUUCAAGAUGCAUGGGAAUACUUGGAAGAGAUAUCCUUGUUUUCCUUGUGAUCUCAAGGAUUAUUUGGGAUUGGGAACAACAAAUUCCUGCUAAAAUCUCAAAUUAAAAAAAAUACAAAAACAAAAACAAAAACUGGAGAAUUAA